AUGUUAACCUUUAACCUCCUGGGUGUUCCCCUGGUGGGGGCUGAUAUCUGUGGCUUCAGUGAGCAGACUGAGGAGGAGCUGUGUGUCCGCUGGACUCAGCUAGGAGCCUUCUACCCUUUCACACGCAACCACAACUCUAUCGACCAGAAGUGCUCUACUGUUCCACCGCGCGCACACACAGGACACACCGUCGCUCGGCCUCUGCUGUUCGAGUUCCCCAAGGACGUGAGAACGUAUGGGAUAGACAGACAGUUCCUAUGGGGGAAGAGUUUGAUGGUGACACCAGUAUUAGAUCCAGGUGUGGACUAUGUUGUGGGCUACUUCCCUCAGGGUCUCUGGUACGACUACUACACGGGUGAUUCUAUCCGUAGUAAAGGAGAAGAGUUGAGGCUCAAGGCUCCUCUAGAGCAUAUCAACCUUCACCUGAGAGAAGGAGCUGUCAUACCUACACAGCGUCCCAACACAACCCUGUUUGUGAGCAGUGGUCAGCCGCUCCACCUCGUGUCCAGUCUGUCUGAAGACGGCUCGGCCGGAGGAGAGCUGUUCUGGGACGACGGAGAGAGCAUCGACACCUUUGAGACAGACCAGUACGCUCACGUAGUGUUCACUGUGGUGAAGCCAGCCGCGAAAAGAGACUCAUGA